CUUAGCUCCGCUCCUGCCGGUGUCUGCCAGUCGCGCUUUCCAGCUCUCGCCACAGGGUCCCGUGUUACCGCCGCCUCCGCCGCCCCGCGCCUGACCAUGCCCAACAUCGUGCUCUUCAGCGGCAGCUCGCACCAGGACCUGUCUCAGCGCGUGGCCGACCGGCUGGGCCUGGAGCUGGGCAAGGUGGUCACCAAGAAGUUCAGCAACCAGGAGACCAGCGUCGAGAUUGGCGAAAGUGUGAGGGGAGAAGAUGUGUACAUCAUCCAGAGUGGCUGCGGAGAAAUCAACGACAACCUGAUGGAACUGCUCAUCAUGAUCAACGCCUGCAAGAUCGCGUCAUCCUCCAGGGUGACCGCCGUGAUCCCGUGCUUCCCCUACGCCCGCCAAGACAAAAAGGACAAGAGUCGUGCUCCGAUUUCGGCGAAACUCGUGGCCAAUAUGCUCUCGGUCGCUGGGGCGGAUCACAUCAUCACCAUGGACCUGCAUGCCUCUCAGAUCCAGGGGUUCUUUGAUAUCCCCGUGGAUAACUUGUACGCGGAGCCCGCAGUCCUGCAGUGGAUUCGGGAGAACAUCACGGAGUGGAGAAACUGCAUCAUUGUUUCACCUGACGCCGGGGGCGCCAAAAGGGUCACGUCAAUCGCAGACAGGUUGAAUGUGGAAUUUGCCUUGAUUCACAAGGAGAGGAAGAAGGCAAAUGAAGUGGACCGGAUGGUGCUGGUGGGCGACGUGAAGGACCGCGUGGCCAUCCUUGUGGAUGACAUGGCCGACACAUGUGGCACCAUCUGCCAUGCUGCGGACAAGCUGCUCUCGGCCGGAGCCACCAAAGUUUAUGCUAUCCUUACCCAUGGGAUCUUCUCUGGGCCAGCUAUUUCCAGAAUAAAUAAUGCCGCCUUUGAGGCUGUUGUUGUGACAAACACUAUUCCCCAAGAGGACAAAAUGAAACACUGCUCCAAGAUUCAGGUUAUUGACAUUUCGAUGAUCUUGGCGGAGGCGAUUCGAAGGACCCACAACGGUGAAUCUGUGUCUUACCUGUUCAGCCAUGUCCCACUAUAAAUCCAGGAUGUGAGGUGUGGAAGCAAACCUGCUCUGGCUUCUGACUUGCGUGCAUUUGUCUGAUUUAUUAGCUUUAGGACUAAGUAGUUAUAUUAAUGCAGAAGCAUCAGAUCUUUGUAUACUCCGAGGUCCACUGGUUUUCCCCGCUUAAAGCUCCCGACCAUUUAUUUUCAGUUUGGUGGGGAGGGCAGUGGUUAUUUGAUCUUUAAGUGAACAGUCUUAAGUGAGAAAUGUUUCUGUUAUCGUGAUUUGUUCUGUUAGGUGACCUUUUUUUCCUUUCUUCUGUCAGUGAUUUGAGGCCACAACUUUCAAGUUUAUAAUUCCACUGUGGAAGUUCAUAGUUUAUGUAUUUCAGGAUUACCAAAGGUCAGCUCAGAUUAAAGCCUCUGUGUAAAUAUAAAAUGAUAAUGCCUAUGGACAUUUGGGUGCAACCCUGUAGAGAAUUAGCCUUUUGCUUCUAAGUCGACCUUAGAGAAUUUUUAAUACCCUGAAUUUUGAGUAUUUGUUUUAGUGAUCAGGUUUCCAAUAAACCAUUUUGGUUAUUAUGCUUAAUUUGGACCAAAUUUUAUGUAGCUGAAGAUGGCCACUGACACGUUUAUUUCUGGUAAACAUUAGACAUAUCAGAGGCAAUGUAGUUCAGUAUUUUUUUAUUGCCACUUCUAAAAAUCGUAACUGUCACUUAUCUGAAAUACCUUGUUCUAAAAUUCCAAAAUCAUGUUCAGCAAUAGAGCUGACAGAGAAACUGUUUUGAGGUAGUCUGCAAGUUCACUGUCACAUUCAUGCUGUGUCCAUCCCAGAUGCACCUCAUGUCCUGCCAUCUUGUUUUUUUUAAUGUCCUGUUUUUAGCUCUAGCUUUUACUUUGCCUUUGUUCCAAGAGUUUCAUGUUGUGGAUUUCCGUCACAACAAAGACUUCUUUGCUAAGUCCCCUCACAUUUACUAGUCUGAUCUCUGUUUUGCUUUUGACAUGAGAAAAAGGUGAA